AUGGAGGAGCUUCACCAGAUGGACUCACUGGGGCUCCUUUGCUGCCUCUAUAGGGUGCCUGGAGUCAAAGGGAUGGCCUUUGAGAGGGACAGACUCCCGGCCCAGGAGGUGGUGACGUUCAAAGAUGUGGCUGUGGACUUCACGAGGGAGGAGUGGCGCCUCUUGUCCCCUCCCCAGAAGGAGCUGUACAAGGAGGUGAUGCUGGAGAAUGCCCAGAACCUGCUCUCUGUGGGGCUACCAGCUCCCCCAGAAGAUGUGCUCUCUUAUUUGGAGCAGACAGAUGCCCCAUGGAUGCCAGAGCAAGAAGGCCUGCAGAGCUGCUGCCCAGGAGAGAUCAGAUCUGAAAUGAAAGCAAAUGCAAUAGACAUAAGCCCUUCUGUGGAAGAAAUGGACCUACAGAGAUUUAUGAGUGAUGAUUCUGAUAACUUUGCUUUCACAGAAUUCUGGGUUGCACCUCAAAAUUCAUCUCAUACUGAACAUCAAAGAAUGUACACUGAGGAAAAAUCUAGUGAAAAUAAUGAGUGUGGAAAGACUUUUAUGCACAGGGCCAGUCUUGUUAGACAUCAGAGAAUCCACACUAAAGAGAGACCUUAUGAAUGCAACCAAUGUGGAAAGACAUUCACAAAUAACUCCAAUCUUGCUGUACAUCGGAGAAUCCACACUGGGGAGAAACCUUAUGAAUGUAAGCAGUGUGGAAAGACAUUCACAGAUAAAUCCAGUCAUGCUGUACACCAGAGAAUCCACACUGGGGAGAAACCUUAUGAAUGCAAGCAGUGUGGAAAGACAUUCUGUCGGAGCUCCCAUCUUGCUGUACAUUAUAGAGUCCACACUGGGGAGAAACCUUAUGAAUGUAAAAAAUGUGGGAAGACAUUCAGAAGCAGCUCCAGUUUUGCUAUGCAUAAAAGAAUCCACACUGGGGAGAAACCUUAUGAAUGCAAGCAGUGUGGAAAGACAUUCAGAGAUAAAUCCAGUCUUGCUGUACAUCAGAGAAUCCACACUGGGGAGAAGCCUUAUGAAUGCAACCAGUGUGGAAAAGCUUUCAGUUAUAGCUCCAGUCUUGCUGUACAUCAUAGAAUCCACACUAGGGAGAAACCCUAUGAGUGCACCCAAUGUGGAAAAACAUUUGCAGAAAACUCCCAUCUAGCUGUACAUCAGAGAAUCCACACUGGGGAGAAACCUUAUGAAUGCAAGCAGUGUGGAAAGACAUUCACAAAUAACUCCAAUCUUGCUGUACAUCGGAGAAUCCACACUGGGGAGAAACCUUAUGAAUGCAAGCAGUGUGGAAAAACAUUCACAAAUAACUCCCAUCUUGCUGUACAUCAGAGAAUCCACACUGGGGAGAAACCUUAUGAAUGCAACCAUUGUGGAAAGACAUUCACAGUAAACUCCCAUCUAGCUGUACAUCAGAGAAUCCAUACUGGGGAGAAACCUUAUGAAUGCAAACACUGUGGAAAUACCUUCCGUCGGAGCUCCCAUCUAGCUGUACAUCAGAGAAUCCACACUGGGGAGAAACCUUAUAAAUGCAACCAGUGUGGAAAGACAUUCAGAAAUAACUCCAAUCUUGCUGUACAUCAGAGAAUCCACACUGGGGAGAAACCUUAUGAAUGCAACCAGUGUGGAAAGUCAUUCACUAGCAGCUCCAGUCUUGCUCUACAUCAGAGAAUCCACACUGGGGAGAAACCUUAUGAAUGCAAGCAGUGUGGAAAGGCAUUCACAGUAAAUUCCAAUCUUGCUGUACAUCAGAGAAUCCACACUGGGGAGAAGCCUUAUGAAUGCAACCAGUGUGGAAAGUCAUUCACUAGCAGCUCCAGUCUUUCUCUACAUCAGAGAAUCCACACUGGGGAGAAACCUUAUGAAUGCAAACAGUGUGGAAAGUCAUUCACAGUGCACUCCAUUCUUGCUCUACAUCAGAGAAUUCACACUGGGGAGAAGCCUUAUGAAUGCAACCAAUGUGGAAAGGCAUUCAGUCGGAGUGACAAUCUUGCCAUGCAUCAGAGAAUCCACACUGGGGAGAAACCUUAUGAAUGCAAGCAGUGUGGAAAGACAUUCACAAAAAACUCCAGGUUUGCUGUACAUCAAAGAAUCCACACUGGGGAGAAGCCUUAUGAAUGCAACCAAUGUGGCAAGGCAUUCAGUCAGAGUGACAAUCUUGCCAUACAUCAGAGAAUCCACACUGGGGAGGAACCUUAA